AUGGGGAAGAUUAUCUUCUAUGAGGACAAGAACUUCUCUGGGCGCUUUAUUGAGUGCAGCAAUGACUCUGCGGACCUGGCGUGCCUCCUCAAACACUGCAACUCCAUCAGGGUGGAGAGCGGCUGCUUCAUGAUCUAUGAAAAAUCCAACUAUGAUGGGAACCAGUACUGCCUGAGGAGAGGAGAGUACCCCGACUGUCAUCACUGGAUGGGUGCCAACGACUCUGUCUGCUCCUGUCGCCUCAUCCACAUGCCGUCGUUCAACAUGCGCCUGUACGCGCGGAUUGAGUUCGGAGGUCAGAUGAUGGACCUGGCGGACGACUGUCCCAGCGUCAAGGACCGCUUCCACGUGAACGACAUCUUCUCCUGCAACGUGACCGAUGGCAACUGGCUCUUCUAUGAGCACCCGGACUACCGGGGCAGGAUGUACCUGAUAAAGCCUGGAGAUUACAAGAGGUUCAGUGAGUGGGGCGGCAGGAGCGCCAGGGUCGGCUCCAUCAGACGUAUCCUGGACUAUUGA